GUUUCGAUAUUUACCGAUCUUACAGUGUUUGUGGUUAUAACAGUAACACAAAAUAAUAACAAUAAUAAUAACUGCAAUCAUAACAAUAUUAAAUUUCUACGGUGUAGUUGAAAUAGUAUAGUAACUAGUAAUAGUAGUAUAAUAGUAAUACCUUAAGUAGUAGUAAUUAUUAGUAAUACUAGACACUUGUAAUGGUUAAUAAUAGGUUAAUUUAAUUAUUUUACCAUGCAGCGUGCGUCUUGUAUUGUAUUUUAAUUAAUCAAAUGCUAUAUUAAUAACAAUAAUAUGGUGAUUAAAGAACCUCCGUCUAGACCCGACGUCGUCGACAGAUUACGCUGUUUGCCGAGACAAAGAUAUGCAAGUAGUUCCAUCGACUUAACAUCUUUCCAAGACUCCACCCAUGGGCAUGACUUCAAUCAGGGUCAUAGUCGAGUAGUCAUGACCAGAAAAACGGAACGGAGGAUAUUUGUCGCCCCUUCAAAAUUGGGACAGAAACCCAAGUUUGAAACCUUGACCAAAGAAACCGUGCAGACGUUUCGGGGUAACAAAACAGAGAGGAAAGUAACUUCUGAAACGAAAAACAUAGAAGAAACCAUUGAUAACAAAUUGGAUGGAUCUGACGACUUCCUUUCAUCGUUGUCACCGUCAACUUCAUCACAAGAAUUAAAAACGUCAUACAAACAAAGAUGUACAGCUAUAAAAUCGCAGAAAAAAAUAAUCAUCGACAACAAGACAUUUAUACAAGAAUGUUUGGAUGCACACAAUCAAUACAGGAAGAAACACACUGUUCCUCCUAUGAUCCUGAGUAAGAAACUUUGUAAAUAUGCAGAAGAAUGGGCUAACUAUUUGAGCGUCAAAGGUCUUCUGGAGCACAGACCUUCAUCGCCGUAUGGUGAGAACUUGUUUUGCUCUUGGACGUCACUGCCCAACCACAGGAUCGAAGGGAGGGAACCGGUGGACAGUUGGUACGAAGAAAUCAAAUUUCACCCCUUUGGCCGCGAACCCACUACUCUGAAAUCAGGUCAUUUUUCACAAGUAGUUUGGGCGACCAGCAAAGAAAUGGGAGUCGGCGUAGCGUCCAACCGUUCCGGACAAAUAUUCGUUGUCGCCUGUUACGAUCCCGCUGGAAAUUUUCUGGGCCAGUUUAGAGAAAACGUUCCACCUGUCGGUGGUUUUAAAGACGCGCCACUCAGUCCUCAUCUUGUACAGCUCGCGUACACGGACGAACAGUUGUAUAAAGACAGUUUAAAGCUACAUAAUGACUACAGGCAGAAACAUGGUUCCGGGCCACUGACUUUGAACAAAAUGUUGUGUCGCAACGCACUGACCUGGGCAAAUACAUUGGCCAAAGAUGACAAGUUCAUCCAUCAGCCAGAUAAUCCAUUUGGCGAGAACUUGUUCAGCAUUUGGUCGUCGGAUCAGGUGACGGCCAGAGACGCGAUAUGCAACUGGUACAAAGCGGGAAAAGAUUACGAUUAUUCGAGAGAACCUAGAAUUAUAAAAUCAGGACAAUUCACUCAACUCGUGUGGAAAGGAUCACACUCCAUGGGUAUAGCGAUGGUGAAAGGCAAGUCUGGAAGAAUUGUGAUCGUCGCAAAUUAUAAUCCACCCGGCAACAUAAUGGGACAGUUUAUGGAUAACGUUCUUAAGCCUAAUUAGACCAUUUACGUUGUCUAUACACAUUAGUCAUAAACUUACAUUCCUUUUUUAUAUUUAAAUAUCUAUUUUCAUUCUUUUUUUGUUACUUAUAAUCAUUAUUAUGUAUAAUAAUUUCGAAAGUA